AUGCAUGGGAGCGGCGGCACCGUGUUUUCGCCGCACGAUGGAUCGUUUGUAUACACAUCGCCCAUUGUCGCCUCGCAGAGGCGGUCUCGGAGGGGUGACGGGCUGGCGGCUUCCGGUGCUCCCGCGGGUCCGCAACCCAAUAAGCAGGAUUGGCCGCGCAAGAGCAACCGAGGGAAAGAGGAGGCAGAAUUUGAGGAGGAAACACCAACUUCUCCGUGGCAACCCAGCGGCCUCUUGCCGGCAGCUUCUGCCUCGCCGAAAACGGCAUCUCCCGCAAAGCACGGCAGGCUUCUUCUGAUGAGCCCGCAAAAGGAUCGAAGUGAUGUAUUUACCUUGUCAAGGAGGUUGCCCGACACAAGUUUCGUUUCCGCCGCUACAAUGGCCGUUGUCUCCUGCACAGCCUCGACGGGGCACCAAUACAAUAUUCCCUUAGAAGGGGCUUCAUUGUUUCGUCAGCAGGUGGUGGAUACGUUUAAAAGGCGUGGGCCACUUGCUGCAUCCGCUGAGGGGUUGGGCGCGGUGAGGGAUGAGGCAUUUCCGUGGACUGAGCAGAUGCCGCUAGAGACGAAGGGGGCUUCCUCGACGCCCAUGAAGUCCCCAGAGGAACGGCGGUCACAUAGGAGUGUCAUAACGUCGAAAGCGGGGGCGACCAACGAAACUGAGUCUGUGGUACGGAAGCAGGCGAUGUAUAUUAUUGGUACAGCGCUGGAAACAACCCUCUCCCCGGGUGUGAAACCAGUGGGUCAUGUUGGCAGCACCAGAGUUGGAGACGACGAUGAGAUAACGUGUGUUGCUCUCUCAUAUUCUUUUGAGGCGGAGCUACGUGGACGGCUGCUUGUCGAGCAUGUGGCGCUGUGGUUAAAGGAAGACGUGUCAAGGCAAAAACUCUACAUGUGUGAAGAUCAUGCACGCCGCACUUUGCUGAUGCAGGUGAUGAUAACCUUGCAGGUUGAACAAAAUAAGAGGCAACAUGCAGCGCGUAUGCGAGAAUUUGAGUCGCAUGUGGCACAGUUGGCCGAGGAGGAGCGCGAUACGCUUACGGUCAGUAUUCGCAAUCUUGGGAAAGAAGAGGCGGAGCUGCUUCAACGUGUUCAUCGCAUGGAGCAGCAGGUGACAUGGAACCAGCAGAAGCUCUUUAUGCAGGAGCAAGAAACCCAGACACACAUCAAAAUGGAGCGUCAUGCGAGGGUUGACCAGUUGCGGCAGUUGGAGUUGCGUCUGGAGGAGGCACUGGAACGACGAAAGCAGGUGGUGUUAGAUAAUGCAUAUGGGCACAAUCAGGAUCCUAUUUUUUUCUCCGCUCUGCCUCGUUGUCGCAAACAUCAUGGGGGGGUUGAGAAAACCGACUGUGGACUGCGGUGCACCCUUCGAGACACGAAUUUUUCUGAGUACAAUUAUAGGGGUGGCUUGCGCGAACACACCACGGACUCUGCGCCCGCAGGCAAUGUACCGGUAGUUGCGGCAAACGACGCUGUGGCUUCUUGCCGUGACGUCGCAGCCUCUUCUGCCAGGUUUCUUUCCUUGCCGACGGCUACUUUGGGUUCCACCUCAUUUCCCGUUUCUCCCAACACAGAUAGCAAAAGGGCAUUUACUACUGUGAUGCGAGAGACCAUGGCGGCAGCAACCGCGUUGCUGCAAAAGGAAUUCUCACCGUAG